GUCAAUGAAGAUUGGUACAUGCCAAACAACAACAACAACAACAACACUGUUACUACUAUCCAAAAUCAACCUCCGGAUUCAGAUUCAGAUACAAGGGACAUGAACUUCUUUCACCAAGAUAACAACAACAGCAACUCUUUCUUCCAUCCCUCUUCUUUCCCUUCAUCCAUGUCGUUCAUCACCAACCUUCACUACCCUCAUCAGGCCACUCCAAAACCCAUGUUUUCUUCUCUUCUAAGUGGCAUGAUGAUCCCUAGCAGCAGCACCAAUAACCCUUUGUUUGAUCAAAAUGGUGGAAAUAAUAAUAGUUGCCAACAGGUGAUGGGGUUUCUUGAACCUCAAGGUUUCGCUACCUCUCCAUCAAACGCAGAUGCUACUCUCUUGGGGGGUUUAGGCUUUCCAACAAGUUUGAACAACUCAUCAUCAGACCCCAAUAAUAAUAGCUUAUCAGCAACCAUGAGCUGUGUAAUCCCACAAGAACAUGAAGAAGAAGAUAAACCGCCCAAUAAGUUUGCCCUCUUUGAGGGUUUUCACAAUAACAUUGAGAAUAAUACUGGUAGUAGUGCGGUUGCUGCAAGUUCAUCAUCAUGGAUGAUGAACAACAAGUACUCCAACAUACUCAUGAGACCUCUUGAAUCAUUACCUCCAUCAUCAGGUGCACAACCAACACUCUUUCAGAAGAGAGCAGCACAACACAGGAAAAUCAACGUCACAGAUGAAAGAGGAAAGGGCAAACUUGAUGAGGAGGAACAACAAGGGAAUAAUAAUAAUGAAGAAGAGAAAAGGAAGCUGGAGAUGGAAGAUACUGGAGAUGGAAGUUUGUUAAACAGCUAUGAUGAUUAUUCUGAUCAUGACAUGGUUGAGGAUAUGAAGAUUGAAUCAGAGAGUAGUAGUAAAAACAAGAAUAUUAUUGGUGAAAACAACAACAAAAACAGUAACAAUAAUCUCAAUUUGCAGAAAGGGAAUAAUAACAAGAAGAAGACAGGGAUGCCUGCUAAGAACUUGAUGGCUGAACGCCGCAGAAGGAAGAAGCUCAAUGACAGACUCUACAUGCUCAGAUCCGUUGUUCCUAAUAUCAGCAAAAUGGACAGGGCUUCAAUACUUGGGGAUGCAAUUGAAUAUAUGAAAGAACUUCUGCAAAAGAUUAAUGACCUUCAUAACGAAUUGCAAUCAAUGCCUCCAACGGCACCUGCUUCAAGCUUGCAUCAUCCUUUGACACCAACUAAUAAUAAUACUGCUACUCUAACGCCAGCAGCUGCUUCUCUUCCCAGCCGCAUGAUGAUGAAGGAAACUGCUUCUUGCCCCACUUCUUCAUUGCCAACUCCCAAUGACCAGCCUGCCAGGGUUGAGGUUGGGUUGCGUGAAGGAAGAGGAGUAAAUAUCCAUAUGUUUUGUGAUCAGAAGCCUGGUCUGUUGCUCUCAACACUCACCACUUUGGACAACCUUGGGUUAGAUAUCCAGCAGGCUGUUAUCAGUUUCUUCAAUGGCUUUGCUAUGGACAUUUUUCGAGCUGAGCAAUGCAAUGAAGGUCAGGAUCUCCACCCAGAUCAAAUCAAAGCAGCACUCAUUGAAGCAUCUGAAGCAUCUGGCUUCCAUAACAUCAUUUAGUGUGUGAUAUUGCUAGAAACUUCAUAAGUUUCUAUUAUUUAGUUAUCUUUUGGUCAAAGUGGGAGAAAUUUUACAUGGAUUUUACCGGAUAAACAGCACGAGCACACUGUUUAGCACCGAGUACAUGAAAGAUUUAAGGGUUUCGCCAGCCAGAGUCCCCACCGGAGCCUACUUUUAGUAAUCAAAAUAAAUGACCAACCCUUAGG